AUGUGUAAAAGUGGAAUUCGUAAAAGAGAACUUUCGGAAUCAGACACACAUCGAGAACGAAUGGCUCGUUUAGAAAAAUUGCGUCGUUUACGUGAACAAGAAGGUCUUGAACCGGGAAGAGGCGAAGAUUUGUUAACAAAGGUAUUACAGUAUAAAUAUGCAACGCCUGAGCCUCAAAAUGUAAAAAGUUUGGAUGCCCAAAACAUUCGAGAAAUGCUGCGUAAGAAAUUCAGGGAAAGUGAUGAUGGAGAUAAUAGGCAAAACUACAAGACUGAUAUUCAAGGUUGUAAGGCUUAUCAUCAAGAUGAUAAACCCAAUCAUCAAAUUGAUAAGAUCAGUAGCAGAGCAAAACAUCAUCAUAAUGGUAACAAUCUUAGUAAGCGCAGUCAUAACGAUCGAGCUUUGCCAGUUCAUGCAAGUCUUAACACUUUUAAUAAUAUAGUCUCUAGUAAUAAUUAA